GGAGGAAGAGCCCUAAAAAUGGCGCUCUCUCCAGGCGCUUGUGGCUACCAGGUCAGUUCGCGGGCAUUUCAUUGUGAGCCGCGAAAUCGUCGUCUUCUCUCCGGAUGCUCGAUUCCACGGCAACGACGAUGGCAAUGCUCAUCGCUGGGAAUUGAAAAUCCGGUCUUGUCCGAGGAGAAGAAGCAGCGUACUCUCACACAUUCUCCGAUUUUGGAGUGGAACGAUGCCUUGAGCUGCUGCGAGCCUCAUGGCCAGCACAGGCUGAGAGUAGCAGUGCUCGUGAGUGGAGGAGUGGAUAGUAGUGUGGCAUUGCGGCUACUCUGUGGGGCUGGACACUCGUGCACUGCCUUCUAUAUCAAGAUCUGGUUCCAGGAGGAUUUCCAAAACUUCUGGUCGUCUUGUCCAUGGGAGGAAGACUUGAAGUAUGCUCAAGACGUGUGUGACGAGGUGGGAGUGAAGCUGGAGAUCGUUCAUUUGACUGAUGUCUACUGGAACAAGGUUGUCUCCAAAUGCAUCACGGAAGUUCGGGCUGGGAGGACUCCAAAUCCUGAUAUCAUGUGCAACACCGUUGUGAAGUUUGGUGCUUUUCUGGAUCACAUUGACAGGACUAAGUUCGAUCGAGUUGCCUCCGGUCAUUAUGCUCGAGUGGAGCGGUAUGUGGAUGAACAGGGGACAAUACGUGCACGACUAAUGCUAUCAAAAGAUGAAGUCAAGGACCAGACUUACUUUCUCUCGCAGCUCUCGCAGGAGCAACUGGGAUUUCUUAUGUUUCCUUUAGGCAGUCUGGCGAAGCCUGAGGUCCGUCAACUUGCUCAUUCUCUGAAUCUUCCAAACAAGGAUCGGAAAGAUUCACAAGGCAUCUGCUUCCUUGGCAAGGUCAAAUUCAGUGACUUCAUAUCCAGACACCUUGGCGAAAAGGAAGGUCUUCUCAUCGAGGCCGAGACCGGAAAAACAAUGGGCAAACACAAAGGAUUCUGGUUCUACACAAUCGGCCAGAGGCGUGGUAUUAGUCUCUCACACGGACCGUGGUACGUUGUGGCAAAGGACUCGGAGAAAAAUCUGGUUUAUAUUUCAAGGCAUUACUUUUCCGGGGAUAAGAAGAGACGAAACUUCUACGUUGAUAAUUUGAGCUGGUUUUCAACGAUACCCGACCCCAGUUGUCCGAUAAAAUGCAAGGUCCGUCACGGUCCCAGUUUUCACGACUGCGAGCUCGAGUUUGAACGGGAGAAGCAGGGUGCUCGUGUGAAACUGCUACACAGCGAUCAAGCUCUAGCAGCCGGUCAGUACGCAGCGUUUUAUGCUGGAGAGACUUGCCUGGGGUCUGGCAUGAUCACGGAGUCGAUGGACGAUUUAGAGUCGUGCACAGUCUCCGCUCGAGCUUUGGAGGAUGGUAGAACAACACUUGGCGUGGUGAAGCAAGACGAACACACUAAAUCGCUGCCACUCGGGACUACUGUGGCACGGCUGAUCGUGGACAAGCUGCUGGUGCCAUCUGUGAGGAAAUUGGAGCAGAUUCUCGCUAAGAUCUUGACACACCACCACAGUGAUCCAUAGCUCGAGCCGGAUUGACUCGACAGGCGCAGCGAAGCAAUGGUCUUCUGUCCUCUGGCGUUGGGAUUCUCCAAAGGCUGCUAGACGCGCCGGCUGGCUGCUUCAAAGUGAGUGACGUAUCCUUUUUCCUUUCGUUUCCUUCUAUAAAGUAGCGAAAUCGCUCGUCCAUUUGACUAACAAUGGACGUUUUGCUGGUACCUCGAAACUCGAGUGUGUCAAACAGAUGGCAAAGACAUGGGCCCUCGCUCGCCACCGAGCUGGAAAGCAAGCUAUAAGCGAAAGACUGCUAGAAAGGCUUUGAGACAAUCCAUCAAGUUUACCAAGUAAGACUUGUUCGUCUUCGUUGUUUCAGUUAACUGUUCCAUGGCCGCCAUUAAUAGUUUUUGUGAAUGCAAGAGAAAGAAAAGAAAAAGAAAUUUUCUUCGGAGAUCUCAACGGAAACAAAAGGAAAGAACAAGAGCUUCCUAACGACCGAUCCAAGGCAACGAUUGCAUCUCCGAUUCUCCAACAGCAUCGAUUGUCAGCAGCAGCAGCGCAAGAACACGACGCGACGCGACGGGCCUUCUUGUUCUUGGUGGAGGGGCGCAUUUCCAUUCCCGUCCAUCGCCAUGGUUCGUUAUGGCUAACCUUCGACACACCAAGAAAUAGGCCGCGCAGCGGCACAAAACGAGAGAGAGAAAAAACAAGACGAACGAACUCAAACCAAACCAAUCCAAAUGGUUUUAUAAAAUUCCAUUCCUCUA